AUGUCUACGCUUCGACAGAUGCUCUCCGAGCAGCAGGAGCUACAACAACAGCAGCUACAGACAGCACAACGGGAGCAGCAACACGAACAACAACCCCAGCAGACGCAGCAGCAGCUGCAGGACGUUGCCGACGCUUCGAGGCAGCAAGAGGAUGUUCCUCUGUAUGUUGCUGUGUCUGGUGGAGAUGCGAGUUUAUCUCUGUUGUAUUUGCUAUCGGAAAACAUUGAAAAGAAACUCUCAAGGCGGCGGAUGCGGCAGCAGAGGGAGAGCGGCCUCAGGAAGGGGCCCCCUGGAUGCAAAGGAGAGGGUGCUGGGCCUGGCAAUAGCGGCGAACCCGAAUUCAGUGCAUGCGUUGCGCUGCAUGUGGAUAUUCAGCGCCUGCUGCGGCCACCAGCUGCUAUUGAGGCAAGCAAGAAGACAUCCCUAUUGAGGUGUACAGACACCCCGAUGGACGGCUGUGUGGAAGAGAAGACCUCGAACGCAUGCAGCAGCAGGAAGCGAAAGUCCGGCGACUCCUUGCACGAACUUUUGCUGCAGACAAAGCAACAGCAGAAAGAAUCUGCAGGGCGAGAGACGGCAUCUGCGGCAUCUCUUGCUGUCUUAGAACGCCUCAGCUAUGGAGAGGGCCGGUGUCUUGGCCUCGAGACAGCAACGAUAGAUAACAGGCCAAGCCCCUUGUUUGUUUUGUGCCGUCCUGUUGUGUUACUAGAGAAGAAAGAAUUGGCAUUAUUUAGGCUAUUUGAGGGUCUUGAGAGUCUAAAGACUUAUCCUUAUGCCUUCCACCUGAAUGCUUGCAUGGGGCUGCCUUACGGGGAAACCCCUUCUAACCCUCACCUCUCCGUCCGCUGGAUGCUGCAGCAGUUCCUAGCAGACAUACACAAAAGCAACAGCGCCUCCUUUCACAAUCUUAGCGCCGCUGUUAAGCGGCUAGAAGAUCCUCUUAAUGAUGCAGACAUACCAGAAGACCAAUGCUGCCGCUUCUGCUGGAAAGCCCCAGCAGUAGACUUCAACUGCAUGCUAGAGGACGAGGAUUUCUUUUCCCCAAAGCAGAGACAGGUUAGUGCCGAGUGA